AUGCCUUCCGAAGCCGGUCACAGAUUAUACGUCAAGGGACGUCACCUGAGCUACCAGCGCUCUCGUCACAUCACCCGUCCUGGCACCUCCCUCAUCAAGAUCGAGGGUGUCGAUGACAUCAAGGGCGCCAACUUCUACCUUGGAAAGCGUGUCGCUUUCGUCUACCGCGGCCAGAAGGAGAUCCGUGGCACCAAGAUCCGUGUGAUCUGGGGCAAGGUCACCCGCCCUCACGGCAACUCUGGCGUUGUUCGUGCCAAGUUCUCUUCUCCUCUUCCCGCUAAGUCUUUCGGCGCUUCGGUUCGUGUCAUGCUGUACCCCUCCUCGAUAUAA